AUGGCGGAGGGGCGGUGUGCUGAGGUGGACGAGGCGCGGGGGCGGCACCACCGCCGAGGCAGCGGCUCUGCCCGGUCCAGCAGCCGGUUGGACCGGCUCAGGCGCCGGCUGGGCCGGUCCAUGGCCUGGUUGGACCGGCCUAGUGACCGGAUGGGCCGGUCCACGGCCCGGUCUGACCAGCCUGGUGACCGGCUGAGUGGAAGCCCGGGGGCGCGAGGCGCGAGUGCCUGGGCACCGCGGGAGAUGUCGCGGAUGACGGCGACGGAGGGGCCGGCGAAGGGGUUGUCGCGGAUGACGGCGACCAGAGGGGCCGGUGAAGGGGUUGGAGGGGCCGGAGGAGGAGAAACCGGCCAUGGUGGAAGCGAUGAGGGUGGUGGGAGGCGGCGGCUAGGGAGAGAGGCCGACGGCGCCCGUGGUAGGGAGGGGAGGUGGCGGCUAGGGAGGGGGAGGGAGGGCCGGCGGCGCCUGGGGUGGACAGGAGGCGGCGGCUGGGGAGAGGAAGCCGGCGGCGCCCGGGGGGGAGGGGGCGGUGGUGGGCGGCGACUAGGUCAGGACCAGAGGGCCUCUGAUACCAUGUAG